CACGUGACAGCGGCAUAUUGAUACGUGUCGUCUAAGACAGCCACGACUCGCAACCGCUUGCCAGUUUAAGCCUACGCGGCCACCUUUAUUCGAGUCUUCUUGUUUCAUGUACGAGUGUUAGACGGUGUUUUUCUUAGGAUCCGUAUUAAGAGCAUCCGUUAUUUUUACUCACGAAAACUGGUAUCUCUAAAGCAAAUAACCUUACGGAAUUAAAAUGGGAUUUAAAUUUUUGGAGGUGAUAAAACCAUUCUGCAGUAUACUACCAGAAAUAGCGAAACCACAGAGAAAGAUUCAAUUCAGAGAAAAAGUAUUAUGGACUGCAAUAACGUUGUUUAUUUUUUUAGUAUGCUGUCAAAUUCCACUUUUUGGCAUUAUGUCUUCAGACAGCGCAGAUCCGUUUUAUUGGAUUCGUGUUAUUCUUGCUUCCAAUAGAGGUACCCUAAUGGAAUUAGGAAUUUCUCCCAUCGUUACUUCCGGCCUUAUCAUGCAACUUUUGCAUGGAGCUAAGAUUAUUGAAGUUGGUGACACUCCGAAAGAUAGAGCGCUUUUUAAUGGAGCACAAAAAUUGUUUGGUAUGGUUAUCACUGUUGGACAAGCCAUUGUUUAUGUAAUGACUGGAAUGUACGGAGACCCAACUGAAAUUGGAGCUGGUGUUUGUCUUUUGAUCAUCAUUCAAUUAUUCGUUGCUGGUUUGAUUGUAUUACUUCUUGAUGAAUUACUUCAAAAAGGUUACGGCUUAGGAAGUGGUAUUUCUCUUUUCAUUGCUACUAACAUUUGUGAAACCAUUGUUUGGAAAGCAUUUUCUCCUGCCACUGUCAAUACGGGUCGUGGAACAGAAUUUGAAGGCGCUGUUAUUGCUUUGUUCCAUCUCUUGGCUACAAGACAAGAUAAAGUUCGAGCCCUUCGCGAAGCAUUUUACAGACAGAACCUACCUAAUCUCAUGAAUCUCCUUGCUACCAUUCUAGUAUUUGCAAUUGUGAUAUACUUCCAGGGUUUCCGUGUCGAUUUGCCAAUUAAAUCUGCUAGGUACCGUGGCCAAUACAGCAGUUAUCCCAUAAAAUUAUUCUACACUAGCAAUAUUCCGAUCAUCCUUCAAUCAGCAUUAGUAUCCAACUUGUAUGUCAUAUCUCAGAUGUUGGCUGUAAAAUUCCAAGGAAACAUCAUUGUUAAUUUGUUAGGAGUUUGGUCGGAUGUUGGUGGUGGUGGUCCUGCUAGGUCUUAUCCGGUUGGUGGAUUAUGUUAUUAUCUUUCUCCACCGGAAUCAGUAGGUCAUAUCGUCCAAGAUCCAGUUCAUGCCGUCUUAUACAUCUUAUUCAUGCUUGGUUCAUGCGCAUUUUUCUCUAAAACCUGGAUCGAAGUCUCUGGCAGUUCUGCGAAAGAUGUUUGGAAACAAUUAAAGGAACAGCAAAUGGUUAUGAGGGGUCAUAGAGACAAUUCAAUGAUUCGUGAAUUAAAUAGAUACAUUCCAACAGCUGCAGCAUUUGGCGGACUAUGUAUCGGAGCACUCUCUGUAUUAGCUGAUUUUCUUGGUGCAAUUGGAUCGGGUACUGGUAUAUUACUUGCUGUGACUAUCAUUUAUCAGUACUUUGAAAUCUUCGUUAAGGAACAAAGUGAAAUGGGUGGGAUGAGCACACUAUUGUUCUAAAUAUAUAUAUAUAUAUAUAUAUAUAGACUUUAUUUAUAUAUAUAUAUAUAUAGACUUUCAAAGUGAACUUUUUUAAUUUUGAAGAACUGAGAAUAAUAAUUUAUUGUAAAAUAAGAACGUUUGGCAAUGUCAGCACUAAUAUGUACCUGAUUUGCCAUAAAGUGAAGUCUCCAUCGUGUGAAUCAAAUCAUACAAUAUGUGUAUACUAUUGCCCGAUAGUAGAUUUCUCUAUAUAAUUAUUCAAUUCUUUCAUAAAUUCUUUAAUAUAUGUUAGACUUAUAUACUUUAUGUUUUUCAUAUUUUUUGGAUUUAUUUAAAAAACAAAAAAAAAUACAUUUUUCUCUCAUACCUAAGUAAAAUAACUGUUCGUUUUGCGCUAUAUGUCCUUAGUACAUAAAGUCAUGCCAUUUGCAAACAAAUGUAAUGACGGAGCGUAAAAGAAGAGAAUUCAUAAAUUAAAUCUUAAAUGCUCGAAUAAGAAUGUGAAAAAGAUUUAUUGUCAAAUGCUUUGUCCAUGCAUUUUAUGAUGAUGAAAAUGUUUCUCACAGGCGCACGCGCGAGUAAUGUACAUAGUAAGAAAAUAAUAAAAAUAUUCUCAACAUUUUUUACUAAUAUUUUAAACUCUGUAUAAUCCAGAGCUUUAUGAAAAAGACUCCAGACGGGUACGAUUCGGAUUCGUAACGUUUAUAUGAAUUUAAGUGUAUACAAACGUAAUCAUUUUGUUCGGACGAGACACCCACCUAGGGUAUUCGUACAGCAAUCAACUCAUCAUAGGUAAUACAUCAUUCCUGUAUUAUUAAAGAUAUAACACACAAUUUAAUUUCUUCAAUGUUGUAUUUAGCACAAUGUACUUUUAUAAAAAGUGAAAGUUGUUUUUUGUCUUCCUUGCUUUUUGUCCUACCUAUAGAAAAA